UUAAUAAAAAAAUGUACAAUUCUUAUUAGAUUUGUCUAAAAGUAAAUUAUUUAUAGAAUAUCAGAUCGUUAGUUAACCAAAAUUACGAAGAUAGUAAUGCUGCAAUGUGGUAAAAAUUACGUGUCAUUUUUAAUAACAAAACAGUAGUGUAAGUGAUAGUGGAACAUGAGUGGGUUGGAUAAGAAGCCGAAGAUCCCGCAGCCGCCGGCACCUGCAGGUAGCUCGGGGAACUUGCUGUCGAGCGUGGCACCUCCAUCGCAGCUGCCUAACUUUGUAACUGCGACUCCUGUAGUCCCAGCUGUUGAGGUCCCUCAGGCAGCAGUAGGGCAGCCAAUUGCAGCGCCCCUGCCUGUAGCCGGCCAGCCAAUCCCAGCCCCUCUACCAGUGAAGCCUAUCAUAGUACAAGGAAGGGAUGAACCUCCUCCACAGGAGGACAAUGCUGAGAAAUUUAGUCCUGCAAUCCCGCUAGGCAAGGGAGAACCAGUGAUGGCAAUCAGGUCUCCUGAAGACUCACAGGCCUCACAGUCUCCAGAGUCAUUGCCAGACUCCACUUCGGAGAUUGACAAACUUGGUGACAUUAUGCCGGGAAGUGGUCUGCUCACAUGGAUGAAAGGAGCGGUGUCCACUGGAGGGAUACUGCAGCGUGUGGCUGAGAAGGCAAAGAGCUCUGUCGACUCCAUGAUCACAACACUUGACCCACAAAUGAAGGAGUAUCUGAGAAGCGGUGGGGACCUUCUAGUGGUGGUAGCAUCAGAUAAAGAAGUAAAAAUAUCACCGAUCAGAGAUGCAUUUCAAACUGUCUUUGGGAAAGCUAAUGUGGUUGGCUAUGCAGCACACAGCGAGGUGACAGCGGAGCAGCCAGUGGGGUAUGCGGCCGCGUACGCAGCGGCCAAGCAACGUAUCGCACAUGUACGGUCUGUGCACGGAGACCUCAACAAUAAUGUACCCGUGGUGGCCGUGGAAGGGUUCCUGCACGAGUCUGUUACUGAUAGAUGGUACGAGCUGUCCCUGAUGGUGCUGUCGCAGCCGUCGCUGGGCAUCGAGCUGCAGCUGCAGUCGCAGGGCGCGGCGGUGCCGGCCGCCGCCGUGGCCGCCGCCGCCGCCGCCACGCCCGCGGACUACCCGCACGCACAGACUGGGUACAGCGUCACCAUCGGCUCUAUUAUGGCCGCUAGUUUACAGGUCCCCCACACACAAUGGCAGGAGUCCUCAACAGGAGUAUCUCGACGGGAACUACUUCUACUGACGGCGCGCUCGCUGGCUGGAUCAUACAAACGACUGCUCGCCGUCUCUGCUAACGAGGCGUAGGUGAUGAUGGACGGAAGGAAGGAAGAGAUUAGACUUAUGUACAGUUAUUACAGGACUAGAGAAGAAUGUAAAGAAUCUAUAGUAGAUUAUAUCAUAAAUUAUACCUAACUAAUUAUAAUUAUUAUUAUAACAAUGUAUAGAUAAGAUUUAUUAUACGAAUAAAAAUUAUUU